AAAAGAGGUGAAUGUUCUUUGUUUGUUGGCCUGCGUUUUAAUGCUUAAUUUAUUAAUUCUGUUAGGCCGUUAAUUCCCCAAAUGACUGGCGGUUAUAUCGUAUGGCAUUGGACUUUGGUUCGUCGGUUCAGUCUUGGAGCUUUUUGCCUUACCAUAUUGUAAAGCGUAUAUACAGUUAUUUAGGCGAUGAAGUUGUUUACGUUUCUACCGUAUGCAAACACUGGCGUGGGGUCGCAUACACCGAUAGAUCUGUAUGGAAGAAACUACAUAUAUGUCCUCCUAAUUUUCCAGAAGUUGAAGCUCUCAAGAAUCAGAUUAUCCCUAUGAAAAUUUGUAACGAGGUUUCACUUGAAUUUGACCCAAGGAAUGAGUCUCAUGUUGCUGUUUUGGAAUACACGCUGAGUGCUUUGUGUUCGAAUGCUGGAAUACAUUCCAUUUCCCUACGACCGACAUUAAAACUUUUAUACAAUAAAUCCUCUUUGAAUAUCUCGAACCGACUUUCAAAAAAAAUAAUAAAUGCAUUAUGUGAGGUCAUUAUGAAUGCUAAAUGUUUAAAAAAUUUUUAUUGGGGUGGGACUUAUUGUGGAAGUUAUGAAGUCAGUCGUGUAUUACAAUCAUUGACAAAAAAUCAAAAGCAUAAUUUAUUAUCAUUACAAAUUAUCAGAUUAUUUCAAAUUAAUCAAUCCAUGUCAUAUUUAAAUACAAGAUUAUUUAUAUUUUCCAACCUCAACCAAUUUUCUAUUAAUUACCUAAAUCUUUCGGAGGAUAUACUUUUAAUUUUAUCGAGAAAUUCAAACCAUCUUCGUAUUUUAAAACUUUUUGUACAAAACAGUGUUCAAGAUCUUCCCAUAAUUCGAAAUCAAAUUUGGAGACAUGUGCAUGAAAUACUUCCUAAUUUGCGUGUGACUUUAUUCCUAAUUUGUGUAAACGAUCUCAAACAAUCAACAAUCCAUUCGAAUUCAAUCAAUCAACGAAUGUCUUUCAUACAAAAUACUACUCAAGAACUUGAUAAUCAGUUACCACUACCAUCAUCAUAUUCAUCGAUGUCACCAUCCCAUUCUGUCACUUCUACAUCCUCAUCGCCAACGUCUUCAUCUUCACCGCAUAUACCGGUGCAAUGUCGACUGGAAAAUGAACGUGAACAACAUUUAAGGGAGGAUCAUCAUCCAUAUGGUGAACAGAAUCAAAUUUAUCAAUUACUUUCAACCAAACUUUUGCCUUCUGCUUUGCCUUUAAAUUCAAUUUAUAUAUACUAUUGUAAACCAGAUCCAUUGUCUUAUCUUAUACAAUAUUUAAUGGAUACAUUUGCUAUGAGUUUAGAGCAUUUCUAUCUAAUUGAUACUUUCAAUAUAAUAUCUGUGAUGUCAAACAAUUCUAACGGUAUUUUACAUAAUAAUUCUCAUUAUACGGAAUAUACUACCAUUACUACUAGUAGUGAUAAUAAUAAUAAUAGUAAUGGCAAUAUCAUUAGAUUUAUUGCCAAUACACCAGCAACAAUUUCUUAUGAUGCUGUUAUUAAUUAUGAUAAUUACGACUGUGUUGACUCUGAUUAUCAGUCAAUGUUCAGUUCUUAUUCCUCACAUCAUUCAUUAUUACUGGAUAGUACAAGUGAUUUUGAUAUAUUGAGCUGUGAUUCUUCCUAUGAUCUAUUUGAUUAUGAAGACAAAAGUUGUAGUAAUAAUAAUUAUUACUCAGGUAAUUUUUUGUUGCCCGUUUCAACCAGUCUAUCUUUGACUUCAUCAUCUUCGUCUUUACCGGUACCGUCAGGGUCAUGUUUGUCUGGUGAUCAAAUACACCAAUCAUUGAUAGCACCAAUAUCACUUCAUAAGAUGGUUGAACAAAUUGAAUACUCGUCUAAUUCAGAAAUUAUAUUACCAAAAAAUGGGAAUGAUAGUUUGAGCAUAAUGAAAUCAACUGCAUGUGAGGAAAGUGCUAUCGAUAAGGGUGGUGGUAGUGAUACAAGCGUUGUAUCUCAUUCAGCUCUCAUUUCUACUCAUGAUAGUAUCAAUACAACUAAAACCAAUGUUAAUGAUUAUUGUGAUUAUUUACCUUACGAUUGUAAUUAUUAUUCCAAUUUUUCCGAGGCUCCACAAUCAUCUACUUCAUCAAAUCUUGUUUUUUACUCACCAAAUUUGUAUAAAGCGCCUGAUGAUGUCAACCCUGAUCCGUUUGUUAUGUUAGCAUGGAGAUGUCAACAAUUGUCGCAUUUUACACUAAUUGGUUACUGGUUUAAUAUUGUGGAUAUGAAAGCUUUUACAGCUCUUCGUGGUACAUCACUCAAAUCUUUUCGUAUUCCUAGUUGUUGUAUUUCUAUUGAUGAUCAAUCUUGGCCAUUUAAUUUGGAUGAGAAUUUAAAUGAAAUGUCACGUAAUGUCGGCUACAAAUGGAUACCAAUGGAAGAUUUAAACUUGCCCUCUGCUGUUUGGAAUCAUCAACCUCCUGAUCCUACCGCGUGUUUUUAUGAAAUUCAGAAUUCCUGUGGUCUAGACAGUGUUAAUGAUUAGUAAAUAUCACUAAAAUCAAUUGUUUUAUCCAUGUUUAUCAGUGUUAAUUAUUGUCAUUAAUUCAGUUGCAUUACAACAGACCAUUUAUCUCAUAUUUAUAUUUUAUUUGUUUAAAUAAAUAUCUUAUUCUCGUUACUUUUCACGCAUUAUGCUUUGCAUUUUCUGGUUUCGUUGACUUUUUUUCUCAGUAAAUAUUUUAAGAGAUACUUUUGGCAAUGUCCUUUUUUUGGUCCGCUAACUUCUCUGUUCCUUAUCUUGUGAUAGACUACUACAGAUAAAGAGUAAUAUUCUUGAUAUCUAGACAGUUUGACUCACCAUUCAUUCUGAUAAUCAUCUAAUGUGUAUUGUUUUUUCGCGUCUAUUUUUUAAUUCUUUUGUUCUUUGGUAUACUUCCUUAUAUGCUUUAUAGAAAUUGGAUGGGAAAUUCACUUCACUGGUUCCUGGCACUACUUUUAUCCAUCAUUCUGUGUAAUGACACUUUAAGAUAUCUCUUCAUUCUAUUCUUUGCAUAUGUUCUUGUUGAAGUGUAGAGUAUCCAUUUUUCGUCAGGCACACAAUAUAUUUAGUUUUAUUUUUGUUCUGCUUAUCUUUAACUUUUAGCUUACUGUCAUUGUUGUGAUUGUUUUCGUCACUGUAUCAUCAUAUCUGCUUCAAUGUGCAUGUAUUUUAUUAUUCACUGUCUUACUUACACGUUUAGCUUAGAAAAUAUCAAUUAUGUUUAGUGGAGAAGGGGGGCUAGUAGAAAAGCAGAAUAUUUAAAAUUCUAUAAAAUUGGGGAGAUAUUCAUUGUACCUUUUAAAUCGUUUGCUAUUAAUAAAAAUGGCUUGUGUUCUUAUCUUUCUUCUAUAUGAAACUAGUGUUCUGUGAUACUGUCUAAACUACGUCAACUGUUAUAUCAUAUAUGUAAGCUGGCAGAUCUUGUGCUAUUCUUUGCGGAUGCAGGGUUCGAGUUGAUGAGGACCAGUGAAGUGGAUUCGGUCGUUUACUUUAAUUAGUGGGAUGGUCCACAUAGGGUGUUAACGUUCCAAAUCCACACUGAUGAG